GUGGGUCUCGCUUUCCGUCUCCCGGUGCCGUCUGCAGGGCGGGCGAGGGGCGGCCGCUCCGCCGGGCAGCGCGGGCGGGGGGACAGCGGUGACGGAAAGCGGCAGCUGGGGGGGGACGGCGGCGCUGGGUUGACUCCCCCCCUUCCUCCCCCUCCCCGGCUGGAGGAAGAUGGAGCUCGGUUAGUAAGGGCUCGCGGGAGGAGCGGCGGCAGCAGGCACAUGAUACUGCAGAGCUUCAAAAUCAGAAAUCAAAUCAGCUGGACUGUUGCCUCCUGCCUUCCUAAAUAGGUAAACAUAUUAGAAACAGAAACAGGGGCCUACCUACCUCAUUCCUGGAGAAAGUGGGUUUACUGGUGUGGAUGCCUGCUUCAUUUGCUUCACCAAAAUGAGAUAGGGCAUGCAGGAGAGAAGGGAGGUUUUUGCAAGUAGAAUUUGCAAGUAGAACCUACCAUGAUUUCUCAGGGGACAAAAUUUUGCUUAUUCAUACCUUCUACUGUGGCAAAACCGGAUUAUUUUCCUCACCAAAAACCAGCAGCAUAAUGCCCAUCUCUCACAUGCCUCAAGGAACUCUUAUUUAAAGUCUAGUUUAUUUCUCUGUAGCUGUCGUACAAGCAAGAGCCAACCAAUAUAAUCUACUACCAGUAGGAAAUCUCCAUGCUAGUCCUUACCCUCGGCACGUGGUAAAGUUCCAACUGAGCCUGUGAGGAGGAAUUAACGGGAAAAAAAUCUAAUUCAUGUUCAAAGAUGGAUGCCUUCUAGCUGACCAGUGAGUCCUGCGGCUGCUGCAUGUCUGGCAGCAUCUCUGAAUGAUCACAUGACUCUUGAUAUGGAUGCAGUCCUGUCAGACUUUGUUCGGUCCACAGGGGCAGAACCAGGUCUGGCAAGAGACUUACUGGAAGGCAAAAAUUGGGACUUGACAGCAGCUUUGAAUGACUAUGAGCAGCUCCGGCAGGUGCACACCGCCAACCUGCCACAGGUGUUCAAUGAGGGCAAAUACUACAAGCAGCAGGAGCCAGAGCAGCCUCCCCAGGUGACAAAGGCUGAGAGGCCCUGCCUGCAAAGGCAGGAUGACAUUGCUCAAGAAAAGCGUCUUUCCAGAGGUAUUUCUCAUGCCAGCUCAGCCAUAGUCUCCCUUGCUCGAUCACAUGUAGCCAACGAGUGCAGCAAUGAACAGUUUCCUUUGGAGAUGCCCAUCUACACAUUCCAGCUACCAGACCUUAGCGUGUACAGUGAAGACUUCAGAAGCUUCAUUGAACGUGACUUAAUUGAGCAGGCGACAAUGGUUGCUCUGGAGCAAGCAGGACGAUUAAAUUGGUGGUCCACAGUGUGUACAAGCUGCAAACGUCUUCUUCCCUUGGCUACAACGGGUGAUGGAAACUGCCUCUUGCAUGCUGCGUCUCUAGGAAUGUGGGGAUUUCAUGACCGGGACCUUGUUUUACGUAAAGCACUCUACACUAUGAUGAGGAGCGGAGCUGAAAGGGAAGCACUGAAAAGAAGAUGGAGAUGGCAACAGACCCAGCAGAAUAAGGAGUCAGGUUUAGUGUAUACAGAGGAAGAGUGGGAACGGGAGUGGAAUGAACUGCUUAAACUGGCAUCGAGUGAGCCGCGAACGCAUUUCAGCAAAAACGGAGGCACUGGUGGAGGAGUUGAUAAUUCAGAAGAUCCAGUGUAUGAGAGCUUAGAAGAGUUCCACGUUUUUGUCUUAGCCCAUAUUUUGAGAAGACCUAUUGUUGUAGUAGCAGACACAAUGUUGCGAGACUCAGGGGGAGAAGCAUUUGCACCUAUACCAUUUGGAGGAAUUUAUUUGCCACUUGAAGUUCUACCUAACAGAUGCCAUUGCUCACCUCUUGUGCUAGCCUACGAUCAGGCCCAUUUCUCCGCACUUGUUUCCAUGGAACAAAAAGAUCAACAGAGAGAACAAGCGGUGAUCCCCCUGACUGACUCUGAACACAAGUUACUGCCUUUGCACUUUGCGGUCGAUCCUGGGAAAGACUGGGAGUGGGGAAAAGAUGACAAUGAUAACACCAGACUGGCCAAUUUGAUUCUGUCUCUCGAGGCAAAGCUUAAUCUUCUGCACAGCUAUAUGAAUGUAACGUGGAUACGCAUACCAUCUGAGACACGGCAGGCCCCUUUGGCUCAACCAGAAUCCCCUACAGCUUCAGCUGGGGAAGACGUUCAGUCUCUGGCUGACUCAAUGGACUCGGACCGAGAUUCCAUCUGUAGUAAUUCCAACGGCAAUAAUGGCAAAAACAGUAAAGAAAAAGAAAAGGACAAACAGAGAAAAGAUAAAGACAAAACCAGGACGGAUUCAGUUGCCAAUAAAAUAGGAAGCCUCAGCAAAACCCUGGGAAUUAAACUGAAAAAGAAUAUGGGUGGUCUUGGAGGCCUGGUGCAUGGCAAAAUGAGCAGAGCCAAUUCAGGGAAUGGAAAAAAUGGUGACACAGUAGAGAAGGUCAAAGAGAAGAAGUCCAAGUCUCGAAAAGGGAGCAAAGAGGAAUCGGGACAGUCGGCGAGCACUUCUCCAUCCGAAAAGACCACUCCAUCUCCGACUGACAGAGCUAGCAACUCACCCACUGAGAAGGUGAACACUAAGUCCUUUGAUAAGCAGUCUGACCCAUGGAAGUACAGCACUGACGUGAAACUCAGCCUCAACAUUUUGAGAGCUGCCAUGCAGGGCGAACGAAAGUUUAUUUUUGCCGGCCUUCUUUUGACCAGUCAUAGGCAUCAGUUCCACGAGGAGAUGAUAGGCUAUUACCUGACCAGUGCACAGGAGCGUUUCAACGCAGAGCAGGAACAGAAGAGAAAGGAUGCUGAGAAAAAGGCUGCACUGAAUGGGUCAUCUAGCAGGAAACUGGAGCCAGAAGCGUACUCAAAAGAAAAAUUAGAAACGUCUCCUCAGGAUAGGGCAUCACCCGUCUUGCCUCAAAGCCAUACAACUCAACUGGUUUUAAAAUUUAAAGAUCGCACUAGUCCCACUCCUGGGUCAUUUUCUUCGCCUAGUAAUGGUGCUAAGAAAAGUGGACCCAUUCCGGUAUCUGCCCACUAUAGCCAUACGCCACCUGUUCAAAGGCAAAGUGUCAUCCAUUUGCAUGAUGUCAACUCCAAGCCAUCGAGCUUCCAAGAUGAUACCUACAAGCCAGUGGUUGGCACCUUAAAAACCUGUGCCACCUAUCCCCAACAAAACAGAUCACUGUCUUCUCAGAGCUAUAGCCCAGCCCGGAUAUCCGGGAUCCGUACGGUGAACACGGUGGAAUCGCUGAGCUAUGCCAUGCCUACCGAACACAAGUCUCAGACAUACACAAAUGGAUUCAAUACUGGUGAUAUUAGAGACUGCUUAGAAUAUGCUGAUGAGGAUGCUCCUCAGACCUGGUUGAACAAUGAUAAAAAUCAAGGCAGAAGCACAGUUUGCCCAAUAUAUUCCAUCCAGCAGAACCGCUGUAAGAAGGAGAACUGUUCCUUUUAUGGUCGGCCUGAGACUGAGAAUUACUGUUCGUACUGCUACAAAGAAGAGUUAAAGCGCAGGGAGAGAGAAAGCAAGGGACACAGGCAUUGAGGAUUCUUCUGUGACUACUUAGUUUUACCAUUUUCUUACUUACAAAGUAAACAGUGUUGAAUUGCAGUAAAAGGAAUCCUUAAGAAAAGAAUAAAGGAUUGAUGAGUAAAUAGUGUCUAGCUUUUCGCUUUUCCGGGGCAAUGAGGAAAUAAUAGGAUUAAUUUAUCAUAAAAAAAAGUAUUAUUUUCCAUUUUGUCGGUGUCUUUUUUACAUACACUGGUAAGCUGAAGGGUUGUUUACUCCUUUGUCAGUGCUGUGUAUAUGUUUGGUCAAAAAUUUACUAAUGGUGCCUGAAUUUACACUGACAUCACUCAGGUAGUAGAAUGAUAGGGAAAAGUCAUAAUACCGGAGAUGUGGUGUUGUAGUAGGGUAGUAUCUGCCUUGCAGACAUUUGGAAUUCUAUAGCUAUUAUGAGAGUAUUUUUUCCUCAGUAAAACCUAAAUUUUUCAUAGCCUUUUUUUUUCAGGAGGGUAGUGCUUUUGCAUACUGCACAUUUUUAACACGGCAGCAUAUUGCAUUGCUACUAAUGUUUGUACUCAUUUCAGUCUAAAGUUGAAUGAUUCUGGGAAAAUGGGAGUGAAAGGUCUGAAUUCAUGAGGGCUGUAGCCCUUUUUUAUUUUAAGUUCUUACCAGUUAUUUCUACAUUUCCAUAAAAAGGUAGAAUGAGCCAAUUUUAUUUGUACUGAGUAUUUCAACAGGUUUUAUAAAAAAUAUAUGAUGACUUGCAAGACUUCACGUCACAAAAAAUCUCCAUAUAGUAUAGUUUUGGGCACCUGAAUUUCAGUAGUAUUUCCAUUUCUGUUAAAAUUGAGAGGCGUUAAAUGAAAAUCCAAAAAUCUUAUUAGAUUUGGAUAAUUUGUUGACCAGCUAGGAAAGUUAGGAUCAUUUUAGAGCUGAAUGAACUGCUUGUCAAAACAAAGGUAUUGCACCAAUUGAUUCUCUUAGCCAUUGCAUGAAUUUAAUCAUUAUUUAUUCCUUUCUCAGCAUUAUUGAGUGAUAAGUUAUCGCAAAUAUAACUACUUCUUAAUGUUUCUUGGAAGUCUGGUGGCUCCAUCUAUUUUCUGAGUCUUCUCCUAGAGUGAGUUAUGUACCCCGCAGGAGGUUCCAAGAUGGCUAUAAAGUAUCUCCAGUAUGAAUUGCAACUCCUAGCACAUGUUUGCACAAGUCUGAUACCCAGAUAUUUACAGAAGUAUCUGCAAUAUUUUUGAAAACAAAACUUUGCUCAUAGAAACAUUUCUGUAAAGCAGACACUGCAAAUACUGGUGAAGUAUGUGUAUGACAUUAGGAAGUGUUCUUCAAUAUAGUACUCGCCAUUUUUGCACCCCUCCAUCACCAACUGGUGUAAUGUAGUAAGAACAGAUCUUUAGCCUUUUUGCACUUGUAAGCAAUGGCUCAUUUACUGUCUACCUAUUCUUUUUUAAAAAAAAGAACCCUCACUUUCUAGAAAUAGGUGAAGUGCUGCCUCCAAGACCGAUUACUCUGCCACCUGAAGAUGCAGAACAUGAGUUCUGCCUUGCUCGCUAUGGAAUAGCACUUUUCUGGCCCGCACAGGAAAGGUUCUUUGCCAAACAGUCUUUGUUCCUGAUUCUUUGCUGCUGUAGCCCAGUUUUUACUCUUGACGUGGGCUCCACCACUUCCCUUGCUUACAGUUAAUCCUAGUGAGCCUUGAAACCAAGCCUGAAGUAGUCUGUGAAACAAGAUACACAAAUUUAUGCUGACAUGUGCUGGCUUUCAGGAAAAGCACAUAAGCUUUUGCUAAUGUCCCACUGAAAUCUGUGCAACUGAGCAUGUACUUCAAAUUUACCAUAUCUUUAGGUUUUCUGCUGAGUGGGAUAUUUAAAGAAUCAUUUCAAAAUAAGUCCAUUAGCCACUCCUAAAAAGCCACGGUCUGUGCUGUGAAUCCAGACCUGUACUUUGUAUUUGUGCCAUUACUGACUGUUACUGAAUUUGCAUUCCUUCACAAGAGGGAGGUAUCGGUGCGCGUAAUGAGAGGGGAAAGCUCCGUGUGACUGCUGUCCCUCAGGUAAGCGCACUCUAAACCCUGUGCCUCCGGCCGCGCGCACUGGUCACCAGUGCCUGUUCUGGUUAAGGGUGGUGGUUACCUGCUGGUUCUCAUCAGAGAAAUCCGGUUGCAGAUCGUGCUAAACCAAGCCAGUUCGCGUUAAAGCACAACAAAUGGCAUACUUAUUUGUGUUUGUUGCUGCGACUGAGGAAAGUGGCAGGAUAGAACUUCAAGAAAAAAAGAAAUAUUUAAGAAUUCAUAGAGCGUUAGAGUAGCAGUAGCAUUUGAUACUCUGAGAAUUGCUUCUAUGUAAAGUGCUUAAGAAAUCCUACAUUAGCAGCCAGCUACACCAGCCCCUGUGUAUUUGUCAGCUGUAUCUGUUCUGAAUGAGGGAAAAAGUAACAGCACGUAUGUAAAAAUAAGCCAUUACCAUGAGAAUUUGCUGUUUCCCAUUUUUCAAAAGAGUUGUUUCUAUGGUAUGUUUUUAAGAUCCACUGCUCACAAAAGAAAGAUUUACAGCUGGACGAUAUUUAGAUAAAUUACUCUGUUCUGUAUUAUUGAAUAGACUGUACCUGUAUGUUAGAUUAUUUUGAAAAAUUAACUGGUCUUCUGAAUAAUAAUAGGCUUGUCUGUGUAGGGUACCAAGCUUUAGUAUUCACUAUCAUCGUCAAGUCACUCAGAUAUUUCCAUAAAUAUAUACCACUACUGGAUUGCACAUUUUUAAAUAUCUGUUAUAUGAAAUACUGACAGAACACUUUUUAGUUGUAUCUGUUUCCUCAGAAUACUCCUCUUGGUAUAUCUUUGAAUAAUUUGCUUAAUAUUGCUGUUUUCUUUUAGAACUGUCUUCAAAUACCCCACUAUUCUUUUGUCCCUUAACAUCUGAUACUGAAAAGAAGCUGCAGGCCUACAAUGCAAUUUGCCAGUUAAAUUCUACCCACCUUUUCAUAGUAAUUGUCCUAUUUUCUGGAUAAGUAUUACUGUGAUUUUUUUAAAAAAUAUUUUUAAUUUUUUAUUAUUAUUAUUAUUUCUGAGGUAUUUGUGGCAGUCGUCUAAAGAAGAUCCCAUAGCUGGUAUUGAACAGUCCAAACAUGCAGAAACAGUGCCUCCCCCUGAGGAAGGGAUUGUCCCCCUAACCGAAGAGCCUAGUGAUGUGAGGACAUUUUCUACCUAUUUUUUCCCAGAGGGAAUCCCCAAUUGCUCAUGACUUGCAAUCACCAGCACUGGAAGAAAUUGUGUCAUUCCUCAGCUAGGUAUAAGAGGGAAUAACCUUCAAAUGUAUUUUUCUGUUGCACUAAGUGGCUAACCUUUGACUGCUCUUUUGGUUUAUUUUUCCUUACAUUGAAAGCUAUAGGUAGCCCAGAGGCCAGCAAGCCCUUUUCGGUGCCUGGUCUGCCCUCUCCGUACCUUCCAGAACUUAGUCCCAGCUGUACAGAACUCAGUUUUAGUUUUGCGGGACCCUGUUUGUUUCUUCUGUUAGCUCAGGUGGCUGCAAGACACGUGUAUUUUUGCAGUUGCAUGUGCUUUUCCCCCCUCUCUCUCCUUGACAGGGAUUCAACAAUUUUCACUGUUGUCCGGAUCUCAAAAGUACAAACUAGAUCCUGGGUAGGCUGCACCUUCCCAGAACAGAGCCAACAUCACCGGGAGAUAUUUAGGUUGGAGGAAGCUGGAUUUUUUUUUAGUCUGUGAAUGUACAAUUUUUCUAAUUUAAAAAAGGCUUAAACCAAUUAUGCAAGUUUUUUACAUUGUUCAUAAACUCUGAUACAAAGGUCUGUUUGUAACAGAGGACACCUGUAAUACAUAAUGGGUUUCAGUCACACUUUAUAUUAAAGUUCCAUUUGAAAUGCUUUAUAAAGAGUUAAUCAACUAUUGCUAGAUUUUACAAGUAUUUUUUCAAAUGUGGCUAUCAGUUGUAGCAUACGGCUAACAGGCAGCUCAUUCAGAAGAAGGUGGCACAGAUUAUCGAAGGUAACUUCAGAUAUUUUGGAUUUUAAAACAAUUGAUUAACCUUCUGUUAUUAUGGUUCAUUACGCUUUAUAAAUGCGAUGGAAAUACAGUGUGUGGCCCAGCUUUAGCAAUUAGUUCCUACUUCCUAGGUCAAAGGCAACAUUAAGGGCAUCAGUGAAAGGAAGAUGCUGUCCUUGGGGAGUUCCGUGUUCCUUGUUUCUUAAGAAGUCUAAGUAGGCCAAGUGAAGUCUUCAGAGUCAUCUUUUCUAAAGCCACAAAGUUGAUGAUGUAAGCAGUGUUGCUUGGCACGGCGUUGAGGAGGGAUGCUAACAUGGGUUUGCGUGCCGUGUGGCUGCAGAUCAGGGCAGUCUGCGGAGGCCGUAGCAGUCCUUGCAUGUAUCGGCAUAUUCAGGGUCAUCUACUUCUCGUGUGGUGGAGGUGUAGAUAUCAAAAAAUCCACAGCACAGAUCUGACAAAAAAAAUACUGCCCUCUAACUCUGAUUCUGCAAACAGUUAAACUGGUGCUUAACUUCACCACACCCUGACAUCAAGGAGACUGCUUUUUUCCAGAAACUUCAUGUAACUGUUAAGAAAAAGCAUAAAUGUUUGUGGGAUCCAGGCCUAAGCCUUUAGCCAGUGUUUGCUCCCCUCGGGCUGCCUGGUGUUACUCUUCCAGUGAGAGAAUCGAUGAGGAUUUUGCCCGAGGAGGCGAGGGGAGCCUUCGGCCUCUCUAGGCUGGCCCUGCUGCCCUCUGAAAUGGGUGGGCAGGGUGCCCCCAGUAGUGGGCCCUGCCGUCAGGCCUCCGUGGCACUCAGGCGCCUGCAAGCUGGACGUGAAAGCAGAGUAGGAGCUAGUAAGGGAGUAGGGUCUUCGUAACGCUGGGAACGUUUUGCACAGGCCGAACCCCGUAUGUUAAUAGAAACCACAAUAAUCUUCAUUAAACACAGGUCCAGAGAAGCAAAAUAACUGGUGGUGAUUGUAGAUGGCUUUUCAGCUUAGGGUAUUUGAAGAGUAUUUGUUUUAGGGUAUGGCAGCUCGCGCAGAGGAUCGCGAACAGUAUAUAGCAUAGAGCUAAAAUUAUUUCAGUAACAGACAGUAGUACCUGUUUUAAUUUGCACAUUAAGUUCCAGUGUAUAUGACUAAAAUAUUAUAUUGUUAAAAAUGAAAGGAAACCAAUAGAGGUGUUUGUAAGUAUGUUCUGUUUGUAGACAAGGCUGUAUUAUGUUGGAAUUUUACAAGCCAAGUUUAAAUUGUAAUAUAGAAAUUAUUUUUAUAUUAUUUUCAAAAUAUGCUACAGAGCAAUAUUUUGCACCUUUAUUAUAAACAGGGUCAUCAUUUUAGUAGGUUACCUUCAGAAAUGCUGGUAGAAAUUAACCGUGAAGAAUGCUUUGUAAAUGUACUUGUUUCUAACUGCUCUGUCUGUUGUGCACAUCUAUAUCUAAUGCGCGUUGAAUAUACAAUUUUUUUUCAAUUGAAAAGCUUUAAAUUUUUCUUUAUAUAUUUUGGUACAACACUGUCCCUCCCUAUUCAAUUCCACUCUUUUUUCCAGUCCUACCAGUCACCAUUUUUCUAAGCAGCUUCUGAAUAAAUGUUCAUCUGGAAAGUUUUCUUGACAAAUGAAACAUUUCUGCACAGAUAUUGAUUGAUUUAAGACAUUCAUAAUACACCUUGGAUCCACUGGAGUAGGAUUACUUUGCUUUUAAAAAAAUAAUAAAUCAGAGAUUUAUUAUUCCUUCAGAGUGAAAAUCAAGCAUUAAUAACCAGUGCAACCAUUUAACAUCUGUGGGAAGAAAAUCACUCUAGAUCAUAGAAAAGUCAUCCUCUAAUUGGCAGGUUCAUUGUGUCUUAAUAUAUAUCUAAUAUGCAUUUUAUUCUUGCAGAUUAAAGUGUUCAGAUUUUAUUUCUUCUUAGUUCUUUGUACUGUACAUAUCAGUUACUGAUGAUCUGUGCAAAAAAGACUUUGCAAACUAUGCGUAAUGUUAAGCUAGGAGUCAGUGUAGUUUUUAAAAUUCCAUAAAUUUUGUGGUUUAGUUUGUUGGGGUUGGUUUGUUUAUUUAAGAAUUACUAUUAAGCUAUGUACUGCAACCAAAAUUCUCAAGUCUGGGUGCCUAACUAACGUUAAGAUUCUGCAUCUAGGUUUCUCCUAAUAGAGUGGGUUUAAGGUGUGCUGAGCAUCAGUUUCUGUGGGAGGAAAAGUUCUUUCUUGGUUUCAGAAAAUCAAGUGAGCAUUACUCCAGCACACGUUCAGGGCUUUCCUUUGUAAGUCUACACUUCUUUUCAGUCAAUGGAAUUUACAUUUUCUCUUUAGUGAUUUUCCACGUGUGAACAAAUAAUUUGGCUUAUUCAUAAAGUGAUUGCUUGCCUUGUACCAAACCACCACAUACCUGUCCAUUUAACUGUUGCAUUCAUAGUGGGGCUAGUGCGUUCCACCGACCUGGGGGGAUUAUGAGACCUUUUCUUCUUGGAUAUCCUGAUCGCUCUGUUUUGAUUAUUUGAUUUUCCUCUGAAAUGAAUGUGCUGUUCUGACUGCUGGUCAAUGUCCCAUUACCUGAAUGCACGUACUGUACCAAGAGGAUUGAAAUGGCUGAUGCACAUUUGCACUGCGGAACACAUGAUAUGGGUAAAAGCCACCAUGUUCCAAACAGCCUUAAAAUUACGACUCUCUGGGGACUGAGAGUCACUUAACUGGAUGCAGCCUCGGUCCCAACUGCUUCAUCUAACCAUGGCUGUAAAACACUAGCCUCUGUCGUCUGUGUAACUGUUUUGUAUUCAUCUGAAUAACCUGCCAUCUUGAAGGCUUUUUUCCUUUAAAAAUUUGUAAUUCUUUGACAAGUGUCAUUGUGUCAGGAAACCUUACUCAAAAGAGGAGAUAAGAUGUAAAAUUCGAGAGAUAAUGGUAGCUAGCGGAGUAACCAUGGCACCAAAAUGCUGAAAAGAGGGAAACCAGUGAAGAUGUAUCAAAACUUAUUUCCUGUCAAGUCUGGAAGUUUUGUAGAGGCUGUAUUCUCAGAAAAAAAAAAAAAAUAUUUUGCCAAUCAUCUCUGCAUUUAAUGUAGUCUCUUACUUUGUGGCAGAGGUUUGCUGUUGGGGAAGAAGGGAGAGAAAAAUGGCAAGUUUUCUUCCCUUCCUAAAUAAAGCAAUUUCUACUCUAGUGGCAGUCAUCUGAUAUUGCAAAAAUAUAAUCCAGUGUUAGAACUAAACAGUGCCUAACUCCUGUGAGUUGUGUAUUUUAUUUUAAUUUUGCCCCUUUCAAAUGCUCUUUUAAAAUAAAAAAAAAAGGGGGGGGGGGGGUGAGGGGAAGUUUAAAGAAUAAGCUUGUAGGACAGUUACCCAGUUCUUCCUUUUUUUUCACAUGCAAAAUCCAUAUAAGCUUGAAAAUGGAGUUAGACUGGAGUUGCACUUCCCCUCUCAGGCAAGUUGAGAGGUAAAAGCUACAUUUUUAGGCAAAACCCAUGUAACUGCUUUGCCACAGAAUAAAAUUAGAACGCCUUGGCCCAGGAGCUUUGCCUGGCAGUAUGUUGGGAGCUGGAGAGCCACGGCCAGCCUGGCCGAAACAGAGCAAGCCUGGUCGUUCUUGCCUUUAGAACAGACAGUUAGUCCUGGCCCGUGGCGUCUGAGCGGUGUCUUUGCAGUAAAGAUGGAGCAGAACACUGCCUUGUCACUUGCACCAGGUUUAAGUAACAGAAAGCCUUUUCCCUGUGCUUUUAGUCAAAAUAUGCAGGAGGAUGUAGCAGCAAAAGAUGGCACCUUGGGCUCACAGAAUGCCCUGCAUCUCCUUUUCAUGGGCUUGCAAUCAGGUAUGAAUUGAAACGCAGCCAUGUGGGCGUGACAGAAGCGCUCUCAUCUCUGAACUUUGCAAAUUGUGUGCACUUACGUUUUAAUACUAACAGAAAUAUAGCAAUGGUUUUAUCGUUUAUUUGCUCAAGGUUCUGAGUACUGUAAAUAUGGCCUUUGUGUACUGCACACGGUACGUGUCCAGGACAAACGAUGCUUUUGCCUCGGAGCCGCUCAAAGAGCUUUGCAUGCACAUGAUACCUGUCUCUGUUCAGUCACCAUAAACCAAGGAGAACAAACGGGAUUUAAGCCUAGAUUAAAUAAUUCAUGGAAUUAGCCACCAACCAUAGUAUUCCAGGCCAGCUUUGACAGCUUUGUAUAAAACUCUACCCCAAUGAUCUAGUUGAGGUUUGUGCUCUUUCCCAGGCAGGAGCAGUUACUUCUGCGUCUUUUCCAAGCCUUACUCUGCUAACUCCUUGUUGCACUUGUGAUCUGCUGGUCUUCUCAUGAUUCAGCUGCAAAGCAGUUUUUCAAAUCUGCAUAGACCUCUUGUCUGUUACUGGAAUCCAUCUAGAGCUUUAUUUUCUGUUCAAUUGUAAGACGCAGAAUACUGUUAUAAACUUGUCCUAAUGCCUUGACGUUGACGGUUGCGUGGCUGAAAGACUUUGUUCUCCUUGGAAGGCCUCGUUCUUCCUCGUUGAUUCUUGUGACUGACAUCUUUGUAUGGAAGAAGCUGAAUGAAACACUGAAAAUGUCAAUGCUGUUUACAUGUAUUUCUGCCAUGUGGUGUAGUUUAUCUUUUUUGUUACACAAUUUUGUGUUGUUAAAACUCAAUGCCUCUCAGAUACGGACGAAUCUUGAAGGAUAGUCUGAAUUAUUAUACACAAAAGGUAUAUGUAGCUAAUUCAUUGUAACUUUACUAUUACUGUUGUAUAAUGUGCCCUCCCCAAAUUGUUUAUCUUUUUUGCUGUUGCUAACAUUUUCCCUUUCAUCUUCUACUUCCUUAGACAAAUUCUAAAGCUCUUUGUCCUUAAAGCCUGUGGUAGAUUUUCCAAUAAUGAUUUGGCUUUCUUAGCUCAGUUUGCAUAUAGAGUGGCUUGUCUCCCCAAUCAGGAAUUAAAAUAACACAGAUGUCACACCCGUAGUUUACAGCAGUUCAUUUACUCCUUAACUGAGUCUUUGUUCAAUUAUAACCAAAGCUAAUUUUAUGAAGUUUAAAAGAUCAGGACAGGUAAUGUGACACUUUCUAAUAACCUAGCAAACUCAGCAUUUUUAAAAACGUAGAAAUAGUACAAUGAACAUACUUGUACUUGAAGUCCGUGUUUCAAAGAUGGACAGUAGCUGGGUCUCACUGAGGCUCAAGUGAAUGUUAAUAAGGAAUAAAGCAAGUCUCACUGAUUUUUGUUGGCUAAGAGUUCAGCUUCUUGGUAGUCGUACCAUCCUCAUUUUCCAGAGUCUGAGUCUGAGUUUCCUGUUGUCUUCUAUAAGUUUAUACUGUUUUAGCAAAGAUUGAUUUAUGAUUUCAAUAAACAAAAUGAUAGAUAUACCAGAAACUUAUUUAAAGCUGAAGUGACUUUUCAGGUUUCUCUCUGUUUGACCAUUUUCAUGCAAAACUUUUACCCCGUAUGAAAGGAGUGAAUUUUUAUUUUCCUAUUCCCUUCCCUAUUUGCAAUUUAAAGACAUAAUUGGUUGCAGUCACUUUCAUCUGCACACAAAACAGCUGAUAAUUUUUAAGCUGACUGCCAUGUCAUGUUUAAACCCAUGGUUCAAAAGAAACCAGGAGCAUUAAUUAAUGUUAAAGGAUAAUGAAUUUUUUUUGUUGUGAAAGGUGUGAGUUCUUGAGAACCUUUUCUACAUGCAGUUUUCAUUCAAAUUCAAUUUAAAUGUCAUUUUUAAUCUGAUCCAUACUUCGACAAAGAUGAUGUGUAAGAGCUGUUUUUAGCAGUUGGAUUGUUACUUUGUAAAGUAUUAAAGCACUAAACCAAUUUUUGCAAUAGGUAGUAAAACUUGCUUUUGUUUUGAAAAACUUCCAGUUAUAACUGUCGCACUUUUUAUAGCAGAACUGUAUUUAAUUUCUUUCUUUUAUGAAAGAUUACUCAAAGUAACUGAUAGCUCUGUAAUCCGUGUGAAUUGGCCUCUCCAUUAUUUGAAACCGAGAGAAGCUAUAAUGCCUAUCCAAUAAAAUUAACUUAUUUCUAAAGUA